UGCCGACUGCCCUACACAAAUGCUGCCCUUCCUUCCCACGCCCUUUGCCCCAUCGCAGACCGUUGCCAAACCCCGGCAAGAUGACUGACAACGACCCCAAAAGCUACGCCUUUGACCUCGCCUCGGCGAUCCCCUACUUUGCGCUGCCACCCACGAAACGCACCCUCUACUGGGACGACGGUGUCCACCUGACGCCCAGCGCCUACGAGUGGAUGGGCGGCCACGUCGCCGACGCGCUCAUCAAGAUCAUGAUCGAGGAGGCGACUACGGCGGCGGCGGCUGCAGGCACAGGUGCCGGCGGCGCAGCAAGGGACGCGGCGUGCCAGGAGGAUGCUGCGGUACGCCAAGGACGAGCUGCUAUUUGA